UGUACAAUAAUGGGUCACGAUGUGUCAUAUAUACAAUCAGCGACAGAUGUUCCAAGGUUGUCAUACAUCAAUUAGUGACAGUCUGCACGUACGACGAGAUGGGGAUCCCAGUACAUUAGGGUUGUCCGACCCCAAUGGCUUCUCCACGACCCUAGCGCACGAACUCCGCUGGCUCGUCCGCCACCAAUGCCGACAUACAGUGCUGCACCUGUGCCAUCGCAAAUAAUCUGCCAGGGAGUGCAUACUAUCCAGCAGUCCUCGGAGUCUUCAUGUGAUGUGAUGGCCGACUCACAAUCGUCGUUUCAACCGACCCGCGCGCACUACCGCGUGCUGGGAGUCGUCGGCCUUUUGCUGACUGUAUUCCUCUUGCUUCCGACAGGGGCACGCGACAGCAUAUCUCAUGUCUACAAGAACACACAACACGCAGCCGGAUCCCCGAACAAAGCAAAGGCCCCGGAAAAUCAUUUGCACGAGCAUAAUGAUCAGCCACAAAACCUCGGAAAGCUUAUUCAGGGCCAGCCAUUAACGACCCAGCCGAGCACAGAAAAUUGUGGCAGCAGAUUCGGCUCGGAGUAUAUCCAGGCCUUCUCUCGUACAGCUACCCAAUAUUGCGAUGCGGAAUCAUGGGCGAACCUGACGUGCUUCAGCCACAAGGUAGAUGAGAAGCGCGUUGAUUCCUUCUGUUAUGGCGGUCCCGCUCUAUUUGAUUUCGCUCACCGGGGCGAGAUUCACAUCGAUUGCAAAGUCAGAGAUCUUACCGACUCAGAGCUCCAACAAGGUAUUCCUCAAUUCCGCAACUUUCCCACAUACUGGUACGACACCGGCCCGAGCUACAUUUUCAAGGAGAAAAUGAACGUGGAUCGAAUGGAGGAUCACAUCCCCGAGUACCCCGAGGUCUCUUUACUCAUCCAGCGUGAAGAUAACAACCGGAACCUUUGGCAUACUAUGAUGGAGAUCAUGUCUCUCACUUUCUCGUUGGAUGUGCUUCGACAAACUACAGACCCGCUCACCGGAAAGCCCUUCUGGACCGAGGCUGAGCUCGCAAAGACCCGAGCCGUCUUUACUGAUCGAUUGGAACAUGGUCCUUACUGGGAUCUCUGGCGCUUGUUUGCAGAAAAGCCAUCAAUCCGCAUGACGGAGAUGUCGUCCCGCCUCAACAUAGCUAUCACGAAGGUCCUUGUGCCGCUGCCUGGUGGCAGCAAUCCCUUCUGGCAGGGCGACUGGACGCAACUGUCAUGUGGCGAGUCAUCUUUGCUCAAGCAAUACGUCCAACGGGUACUCAAAUUCUUCAAUGUUCGAGAGGGCACUCCGCGCGGAGACCGGCCACUCAUUCUGACCGUCGUCGACCGGACCAAGAAACGUCGAUUAUUACACCAGGAUGACUACCUCGAAGCGCUGAGAAAGAAGCAUCCCAGCGUCAAUAUACAAGUCAUCAACUUUGCCAAGCUGCCGCUUGCCGAGCAGAUCCGCACCGCACACCAUAGCGAUAUCCUUGUUGGCGUUCACGGCGCGGGCCUGACGCAUGGGAUGUGGCUACCGGAGUCGUCAGCGCUGGUUGAAAUCUUGCCACCGGACCUGGACCAUUGGGGUUUCUCUAACAUGGCCAAGUUUCUAGGCCAUCGUCAUUACCGGGCCAAGGGUAGCAGACACGAUUCACCUGACAACAACGGAGAUUGGCAGCAUGAUGAUGUUUUUAUCAGCAAGGACGAGUUCCUUGCGCAUUGCGAAAAGGCCAUUGCGAGUUUCAGCCGGACCUCCAGGAGCGGUAACGGACUCUCUGACAUUGCGGGAAGAUAGUCCUCGGGGUUUAAGCAUAUUGUAACAAUACAGUCUACGGCACCGGUCUCUUGCUGUCCUUCCCGCAUGUAGCGGAAAAGUUCUUAUAGUUGAUUGACUCCAAGCCUACCCCUAAUGCUUGGGCCUUGACUAUCGUCUCCCAUGAUUAAGCCACUGUCGGCCGGCGCUGCAUGUCCUGACCCAUCCUUGCAACAAGUCCAUUGUGCACGCGCAUGUUGUAGAUUCGGGACCACAUUAGCGCGGUCUUUAUUGACAUAGCCGAAGAUUGUAUACUAUGUUUCGGCGGAAAGAGUCCGCGUAGCCCGGGGAUCUUGGGAAUUUUAGGCGGUGGACCGGCCUGUAAGUAUAUAUUAUAACGGAAAGGGGAGAGACAGAUGCCUCAGGCAGCAGCUAGGGUUUCGCGCCUGGGCGCGGGCCGCAGACACGUCCAGUACCUCUGGCAGUAGACAGGCUUCCGAAGCAUUUCGACGCGUACAAUGAGC